AUGUCUUCUCCACAUGGUUCUCACAACAUCCAAGACAAAUCGGUGAACCAGGAGUUGGACGAGACGUAUAUUUCCAAGCGCAAAUACAAUCGUGACAGAAUUCCCGGUCAAAGAAGGAUGUGGUCGUUCGGCGGAAUCGAAUGUGGCUCCAUGCAGUUGGUUCAAAGACGGGAUGCACCCACCCUUCUCAGCAUUGUGCAAGCUUGCGUUCGACCCGACAGCAACCUCUACACUGACUUG